UUUAAAAUAUCGGAUGUAGAAGUGUAUAAAAAGCCGUCAUUUCUCACUGUAAAUCACAGUUUCGUCGAAUCAAACUGAGACAAACAACAGGAAAGAUGAAAACAACAAUUUUGAUUCUUCUCAUGCUGGGACUUGGCAUCAAUGCAAAAGCCCUGGAGGAAAGUCAACCGGACGAAGACAAGUUUUAUUAUCAUCAUCGUUAUGCCUUGGAUCAACAAGACAAUGAAAAGGGGUAUCGUCCUUGGUACGACCAUCAAGAUAAUGGAGUAAUGGAAAGUCAACCGGACGAAGAAAAGAUAUUUCAUCUCAUUAGACAUAUAUUCGGCUACGACCAACAAGACAAUGAAAAGUACUAUUAUCACCGAUAUUGAACAAUAAAAAAGUUCUAAACAGCUACGCGACUUGAAGACGGACGGACCCGGCAGAACAUAGAUAUUUCUUUUCUUCAUAGAUUAAAGGCUAGCCUUAUUAUUCAGAAUAUAACACUAUAUUGCAUUCAA